UAACGGAGUCCCCGGCCAUCCGUGAUGAAACAGAAAUCGGAGGAGCCGUCAAGUUUCUGGCGUUAAUCCUCGGGCCUAUAAAAUAAAAUGUACUCGUUCGUUUAUCUCUUUCCACCUGGACGAUUACCGCCCAGGCAUGUAGCUUCGGUUGCCAACCCUAUCAACGGCUAAGAUCCAUAUUUCGAUCUCAACGGUCACGAUUCGCUCUUCUACAAAACGCCUCUUAUUUGGGCCAAGAGAAUGCGUUAUAGGCUUAUUGCAAAGAAAGGAGAUUCUUUUGGAGUUUCGCUCCUUCUCCGUUUCGAUAGUGUAAGGGUUUUUAGGGUUUGGCUUUUGUAUUCUGAUCCAAUGGCGGAGCAUCAGCAGGAGGAGUCGGUGUCGGAGUCAUUGAUGGAUAAGAUAUCGGAGAAAAUUCACAGUCACGAUUCGUCGUCGUCGUCGUCGUCGUCAUCUGAUUCCGAUAAUGACGAGAAAUCAAAAUCGACUUCGUCUCAAUCAUCCAUGAAAUCCAAGAUUUAUCGCAUGUUUGGCCGUGAAAAGCCCGUUCACAAGGUCCUUGGUGGCGGCAAACCUGCCGAUAUUUUCCUCUGGAGGAAUAAGAAGAUAUCAGGAGGAGUUCUUGCGGCUGCAACUGCUGUGUGGGUUUUGUUUGAAUUGAUCGAAUAUCAUCUUCUUACUUUGGUUGGCCAUGGCUUGAUACUUGCUUUAGCAAUACUGUUCUUGUGGUCCAAUGCCUCCACCUUCAUCAACAAGAGCCCACCACGUAUUCCAGAAGUCCAUAUCCCUGAGGAGCCUGUUCUUCAGGUAGCUGCUGCACUUAGGAUUGAAAUCAAUCAGGCUUUCUCUGUCCUUCGGGAUAUUGCAUCAGGAAGGGAUCUGAAGAAGUUUCUCUCUGUUAUAGCAGGCUUAUGGGUCUUGUCUAUUGUGGGGAGUUGGUGCAAUUUCCUGACCCUGUUCUAUAUCGUUUUCGUACUGUUGCACACAGUGCCUGUUCUCUAUGAGAAGUACGAGGACAAGGUAGAUUCAUUUGCUGAGAAGGCAAUGAUUGAAAUCAAGAAGCAGUAUGCUGUCCUUGAUGCAAAGGUUUUAAGUAGGAUUCCAAGGGGGCCAUUGAAGGACAAGAAGAAGGCUUAGAGGGUUGGUGUUAGGUUUGGACACAAUGAGUACCUGUGUUUUAUGACACUCUGCCCAGUAUUGUAGAACUCUGUUCUUUUGAUUUUAGAUUUUGGGUUCACGGUGUGGAUGAAAUAUGGAAUUCUUAUACUCGCAUAUCUUCAGUUACUUAUGGUUUAUUAAUUAUGAAUGGCACAUCGCGUUUACCUUA